AUGAUCCAUGCCAGGCUUCAGCAGAAACGACCAUUCGUAACACUGUUCCUGGUGUUUGUUUUGUGGAAGGCUAUUCUGAUCUUGAUUACCCUCGGCAGCCCUGGAGUGGGUUACGACACAUCGACGUCUCUCCUCCCACUGCAAGGUCAUAGUUGGACAUUGCAGACCUUACCACCCGCUUUUCAAAGCCAGUGGUUGAGAUGGGUUCGAUGGGAUGCCAUCUAUUUCACUCAUAUUGCAGAACACGGUCAUGUUUAUGAACAAGAAUGGGCCUUCGGCGUCGGCUUCUCAACUGCGACUUCAUGGAUUGCAAACAUUCUCUCAGCUUGGGCCGUAGUCGACGAGUCGGCGUCCACAAUCAUCGCAGCCAUGCUCCUCUCUCACACCGCCCACUUGCUUUCGGUCGUCCAAUUGUUCUUUCUGGGCCAUCUUCUCUCUGACGGCGCAAGUCACACCCAAUCUCCCAUUCCCUUCCGAGCUGCCCUACUACAUAUACUGUCACCAGCCGGCAUCUUCCUCUCCAGCCCCAAUGCUGAAAGCACUUUUGCUUUUCUUUCCAUGUCUGGCUGUGUCGCCUAUGUCUAUGCGGUCCAUCGCUUUCAUCGUUCCCAGCCGCUUGCCGGCUCCCUUGCCAUGAUUGCCGCUGGACUUGCCCUGGGUGCCGCCACCAUCUUUCGCAGCAACGGACUUCUCGCUGGCCUCACCUUCCUCGUCGAGGCAUUUUCAGUCCUAUUCUCAAUCGCGACCCAAGGAUUGUCAGCUCUGCGUUUAUUGCGUUUGGUCUCGACCAUUGUCGGCGGGUCGUUGAUUGCUGUUGGCCUGGCAAUCCCGCAAGUUAUGGCAUUCCAGGAUUACUGCGCCCAUCGGCCGAACGACUUACGAAGAGAAUGGUGCAACAGGACAAUUCCCUCGAUUUUCACCUGGGUCCAAGAUCACUACUGGAAUGUUGGGCUCUUCCGCUACUGGACCCUAUCGAAUCUGCCCCUGUUUCUCCUAGCGGCACCAGCCCUUUUCAUCUUAAGCUACUCUGCCCUUGAUCUGAUGUAUGCUCCUCGCCUCCUCUCCACCGUCAAACCCAGGUCCUCAGAGAAGGUAUCGCUUCGAGACAAGACCACAGUGGUGGCACUAGCCCUUCCACAGCUCCUCAUUGCCAUUCUUGCCCUAACCAGCUACCAUGUCCAAAUCAUCACAAGGUUGUCAUCAGGGUACCCUCUGUGGUACAUCUGGCUUGCCUCCCAAAUGGAGUCACGUGCGCAGAUGACCCAGAUCACAAUUCGCUGGAUGGUUGUGUACGCUCUGCUCCAAGCGGGACUUUAUGCAGGAUUUUUACCCCCGGCAUAACCUCAGAUGUCAUGACCUCUUUCGAUGGUGGGUAUUUUGCAUAGGGACGGACGACAGGGACGCAGGCACGCGCAUCCAUGUACAUGUCUAGGCAUUAGAUUACAUGACGCAGGCGAAGCACAUGACUCGACGGCGCCAAGCCUUGA